AUGCGAUUUAAAGCCCUAACUGCAAGAAAAGAAAACAGCCACGGAAAGAAAAUUGGAAGCGACCCCCGGAAGAAGGCAACUCCCAAUAAAGCACUGGAGGCAACAAAAGACCCCAGAGAGUGGGUGACAGAAAGCCCCACAGAGACGGAGCAAAAAGACCCCAGAGUGAGGGAGGCAGAUGGCCCUUCGGUCAGCAGUGAGGGCUUCCCAUACAUCGACUCUGAUCCCGGUAAACUUGAAGUCUCACUUGCAGACAUCCUUGCAUUACAGACGUGGGUGACCUGUGGGUCUUAUGCCGAUAGCAAGCUUGCCAAAGAGCAAGACCGAUCUACAAGCUCUUUGAAGAUCAUCCCUGUCUUUGUCUUCAAGGGGGCUGAUUUGGUUUACUGUUGGGCUUGUUGCUUACUUGAUUCCUUCAUACAUCCCUCUAACAUCCCUGAAUUCAGCAGCAGAUUAAAUGUGUUGGCUGUGACGUAUGUUGCAGACAGACACCCUGGAGAAAAAAAACCCCAGAGCCAGCGAGCGAGCUGCAGAGAAGAAGCAAAGUGCGAGCGGAGAGGAUUAGGACAGGGCAACAACACGGAAGCACUUACACCGCAAGCUAGAGGGAAAACAGAUGCAGCAGCAAUGUCCGAUCUCAAGAAAAACGAAAUGGAAAUCAGGGACAAAGCUAUCCUGCAUCAGCAGAGGCGUCUAAAGCAAGCCACACAGUUUAUCCAUAAAGAUUCAGCAGAUUUGCUCCCUUUGGAUGGUCUGAAAAGGUUGGGAACAUCGAAAGAUCUGCAACCUCAUAACAUUGUUCAAAGACGGUUACUUGAGAGCAACAUCACAAAAUUGCAUGAGGAUCCAAGGGACACAAGGUCUAUGACUCAAUCACCACUUGCUGAGGAGAUGAAGUCCAGCGUGAACAAGGACACAGCAUGUUCACAGCAAUGGGACACGCUCAGUGUCUACUGCAAGUGCUGUGACCAAGAGAUCAAAGUCACCAUCAACACAGGCUGCCAACAGAACACAAUCUCCACCAGUUGCUUAAACAGAAUAGGUUUAAAGGAAUUGCCUGCAGCGGAGAAUGAAGACUGUGGAGAUAACAGAUUCACACAUACUUCAAAAACAAUGAAGCGUGUGGAGAAAUUAGAAAUCAUGUUGGGGAAAGAGAAAGUAGAGUGUUCAGCUCUGGUUGUAGAUAAUGAGACAUGUGAGCUGUCCCUCGGUCUUCAGACACUGCUGUCUCUCAAAUGUGUGAUUGACUUGGAAAGGGGAGCACUGCUGCUGGGCAAGUCAAAAACACAGCUACCAUUCAUAAAUGAAGAAGAGGAAAAGGAGGAGAAGGAGAAGGAUGAAGAGGAAGAGAAUGAGUGAAAAAGCACACUAUAAUCUAGUGUUUUGAACAAAAAAGCUCACAUGACGGAUUGACACCCUGAGGUUACUCAGUCUUUCUUUUUCUGACCCUUUGUGACUGCUGUAAUCUUUGGCUUGUCUCACAACAGGAGUAAGCUGGCUGAGAUGAGGAGAGGACAAUUAUGUAAACCGCCUCCUUUCCUACCACCAUUCUCUCAAAUCACCAAAAGAUUGUUCCACUUUAGGUUUUUAACUAGUUUUGGGAAUACUAGGCCUGUCCAUUCUGCUUUCUUUUUUGCUGCUCCCGGUUUUAUGUGCUGUGGCAUGAAAGAAACAUUUGCUUUUUUUAAAAAUAGUUUCAGCAACGGGCAACUAAAAUUAAAUUUUAACAAUAGGUCAUUUGAAAGGUUAUUUCCUCUUAUGGCUGUUUUGUGUUGCCCAGUCUAAUUGCGUUAUUGGUUCCAAAUGUUACAACAGCCUACCUGGAUUUGUGAGGAACAAUCGAUCUGAUCUUGUUGAAAAAUAUUGAUGUAACAGUGAGCAGAAAGUCCCUGACAGAAGCAUGUCCUGUAAUGGAAAUAAGUAAUGGCAAAUGUGGAUGUAUUUUUGAACUGAAUUAUUUCUAUACUACAGAGAUUUGCAUCAAUGAAGUUUUAAUUAAGAAAGUAUACUAGAAAAAGAUUCCUCUAAAAUUUUCUAUUUAAAACAAAAAAAACUUUCAGUGCUCAGGUGCAACACCAUUUCUUAAGUAGACAUUGCAACAGCUGCAGCCUGUCAAAAACUUGAGAUGUUGUAUGCUAUUUCCAGCAUCACAACGUUAUCCAGUUCAUCAUAAGGUCAACAGUUUUUCCCUCAGUUCAAUGAUUGGCAGGCGGAUAGAAAUUUUCUGUUUCUAUAACCUUAAACUGUCGUCAGUGUCACAUAAAUAGAGCUCCAACAAAUAAAUUCUUUCACAUUCACUACCAUUAUAAAAAAUUCCAAUAAACUGAAUCCUUUUUAGUUCAUUCAUGCUGUUUAGAAUUCGACUGCACCAAACCUGGCCCCAUUAGUUCCCUUUUUAGGAUUUCAGUGGCCAAAUCUUUUGCCAAUAACCCCAUAUUUGGGUAAUAUUCCAACAGACACAACCUUACCCCACUGUUAAAAUACAUCCAUCAUUCUGACUUCGGAACAACAUAGGAAUAAAGAACCCCAGUCAGCAAACAUGUUACAUUUUUGUGCAGCACAGUGUCUCACUUCAUUCAAAUGAAAAACAGUACAAAAUAUUCUUGACCUUUGUACAUUUUUUCAAUAUUACAGAAGAUGGCAACCAAUAAAAAUAAGAGGGAAAUCCCUUCUCACAUUAGAGCUAUUACCAACAAAUACAUUUUAAAAAUCUGUAUUUUUACUCUUAUACAGUAUUUCUUUUUUCCCGUUACUUAAAUAUUCCUGGACAACAUGAUGUUUAAGCUUGGUAUGGUUAAUUCAACUGUUAGGAGCUGUGCAACUGGUUGACUUCUGGGUGAUUUCCCUCCCUCCCUCUGAAUAAAGUGUCUGAUCUUGGCUUGAGCUCAGCCCUGUGAUGCCAUGUGCAACAAGUUAAAGUGGGGCAGUAUGUUAAGGAUCUGUGUCCCAUUACUUUGUAACAUAGUGUUUUUGUGGCUACUGGAGCUCCCAUUAUGGAAAUCAGAAUUUAAAAGAUUAUUGUUAACAUUUAUCAAACUGCAUGUGGAACAUGAAAAACUCAUUUGAAAAUAUACAUGUUAGUGGUGUAGACUAAUACUGUAGCUAUAUAUAUUUUAAUAGCCUGAACAUUAUUUUACUUGCAAUAUUUAUAAACCAUUUAACCUGGAAGACGAGGUUAAAUAUUCAAGUUUGUCAUGCUCCCUAUAAAUGGGACAGUGUCUCCAUGUUUUUUCAUAGUGAAACCCCAAUUUAUGUAUUAAAUGCAGCUCUUGAAUCUUACUGAAUUGUCACCAUAAUUGUCAAAACCUAUCAAUAACUCACAUGACGUUUCCAAAAUAGCUAGCUAUUUUUCUGCAAAAUCAAAACUAACAAAGCGUUUCCCACUUCCUCGGUAACCUUUGUUUCUUUUAUACAAUAAACAUUGGAAGCAAAGAACUAGAAUUUGAGUUGUGGGGAUGGGGAAAGCUGCAGAAGGGAAAGUAAGUCCAAACUAUUUGUCACUCAUUAAAUUCGUUUCAUAAUAGUAAGUAUUGAAAUUGGAAAAAACGAAAACCAUUCAGAUCGGGGCAAAUCAACAUUCUUGUCAUUUGACUUUGGAGGUACUGCAUGGUAUUUGAUUCUGGUUUGGGUGGUUUGUUUUAUUUUGCAAUACUAUACAAGAUCAAUGUUAUUCAUUCCUGAAUGCUCCACUGCAAAUUGCAUUCUUCCAGAGCAGACAUUCCAGCAUUAUGCGCUCAUUAGCUAAUAAUGUUUAUUGACCAAUGUCUUCCCAACAGUAUUGUAUGUUAUCUUGUCAUUCUGGUGUGCACUUUAUUGUUCACAAUAAACUGGUGUUGUCAAACA